GCCAUCUUGUGUCGGCUGAGGGGAGGCUGGCACAGGCCGACAGGACAGAUCUGCAGAGCCGGGAGCUGCGUUUCAUGACAAGACAGAUUCGACUCUUGAGAGUCUGAAAGGCACAGUUGAACGUCUGAGGCAGCCACCUUCAAUCUCAGCAGAGGCUGAGAAGAUUAAAGAGCAAAUCAGUGAAGAUAAGAACGUGUCAGUGGAUCUGGAAAGACUUCAGCCGGUGUAUGAGACGCUUAAACAGAGAGGGAAGGAAAUGAUUGCUCGCUCAGAAGGAGCCAAUAAGGAUAUAUCUGCUAAAGGUUGUGGUGGUUGUUUCCACAUAAUGUAAUGAAACUAGCCGCGAAGUUGUGGUGUAGUCACGUGGCUCUUGCAGCUACUAUUAAAGAUACUCAGGAGCUCAUUGGAGAACUGGAGGGACCUGGAAUUGACCCAUCUCUAGUCAAGCAACAGCAAGAAGAUGCUGAGGCUGCUAAAGACGAAAUUGAUGGACUGCAAGAGGAACUAGCAACAGUUCUGAGCCUUGGCUCUGACCUUGGAGCUGCUUGUGGAGAGCCUGACAAACCUAUUGUCCACAAGAGCAUAGAUGAGCUGAAUUCUGCCUGGGAUGCCUUAAGCAAAACAAGGAAAGACCGGGCAGAUAAGCUUGUUGAAGCUCUGCAGGCAGCUGUUCCAUACCAAGAAGGACUGCAGGGAUGCACAUCCGCUGUUAUUAAAGCCAUCGCCCAAGAGAUUCUGCAUCAGCCAAGUGACGUGUUCCCAGAGCUUCUCUGUGGGGUGCCGCUACUGGGAAGUAAUUCCCCAGGCCAGCGAUGGGUGGGCUGUGUGAGUUGCUGAUGAACUUCUUGGAAAAAGGGACAAAUUAGGAAGAGCGGAGCAUUCCUGGUGCGGAGAAUGGCUAGGUCCCAAAGAGCAGCUGUCAGCGUGGCACAGAGAUCAAGAAACAUUAUUCUGCAAGGAUAAACUGUUGAAGGUUGGAGUUUUGCUGGAGCUACAAAAGAAGACCGUGUCCUUUUAUUCCAUCACUGACAAAGAAAUGCUUUUGCACACCUUCGGAAUCAACACCUCACCUCCUCUUUACCCUGCUUUCUGGCUAUAUCGUCUAGAAAGAAAUGGAUCUUUCAGUCUAAGUCAGAAAAGUGACAAUUUUGGCUGUGACUGCAGAGCUUCUGUACGAGCUUCAGUGUCUCGCACAGGAAUUUACCCAGGAGUGUGUAGCGACCCAGGUCUUCCUGGGAAUCAGCAGCUGAUACUUGGCUCUGCUUUCCUUCCCGCUGUGCUCUGCUGUAGCUGAACACUGAACUGCUGUCCCCGAACACCCUGGAAGCACUCUGGACUAACUGCGCGUCUGUAAGAUGCCAGCGGUGCGUGUGUCAGCUUCUACAAGAGUGGGGGUGGCUCUCUCAACAUU